AUGGCUAAUCAACAACGUGAGACCCUCGCCGGUGGAAUGUUGCAACAUCAACAUCACCAACGGGAGCCGGAUGAAGAGGAAGAGGAAGACGGUGGUAGCAUGGAUGUGCGACCGAAUGUUAGCGUUAAACGCAGAUACAGUGAGCUAAUGUGUGAAAGUGAUGAGGACGAUUUUGCUGGUUUCGAGGAGGACGCCGCAAACAGUGAAAACGGUACAAUAAAUUCUCCGCGACCUCUGGAGAGUAUGUAUGAGGCGAUUUUGACAGCUGCGGAGAAAAAGCUGGCAAAAAACAGUAAACUUGCCGAGGAUGAAGCCGAUUUGCAAAACAGUAUAAAACAGGAAGAUAUGGACGAGGUGAGCGGAACAGCUCUUGGUGAAAGUAACAAAAGUUUGGUGAAAAGAAAAGUAAAUGUACCAAUAAACACGCAAGAUGAUAUCUAUAAGGUACCUUUUAAAUAUGGCUGGAAGCGAGAACUGGUGUAUCGAGCCAACAUGGAAGGCAGCAAGGAUAAGGGCGAAGUGUAUUACAUUACACCCAAUGGCAAGAAGUUACGGACCCGUAAUGAUAUUGUGUCAUCCUUGCACGACGAUCUCACGAUGGAUAAUUUUACGUUUGCAAAAGAACCUGUUGGAGGAACACCAGAAGAAGAAACGAUAAGGAGCGCGAAAUCUUACAGUAAUGUUCCCAAGCUUCGGGAUACUUCGAGUGAUCUAGGAAAACGGAUUCCUAAACCCAAAAUGCCGAAAGGAGCAAGCCCCCCUUUACCUACAUACAACGCCAGACCUUCUGCACACGGCCAAACGCCCUUAUCGAAAUCCGCUUCAAUGAACACUCAGAUUACACCGAAAAUCAAUGCAACUGGUGCUAGUUUAUUAGUUUCGGCCAGCGGGCAACGCAGUAAUGCACAUGGAGCAACAGGAACACCAAAAACAACCGAAAACAGUGCUAUUUUAGGAAAACAGGCAAAAUCAAGUGGAAAAAAUCGGGUGGAAACUUGUACAAUCCAAUGUCUACCAGCGAUGGGGAUGAUACCGCAGUUGCAGUGUAUGGUGUGCUACUGUAUGUACCAUCCGGAAUGUGUGAAUGCUACAACAGCAGAAGCGUUGGCUCGACGGUUUACUUGCAAGAGCUGCAUGGAAGACUCUAUGACAGCGGAAAUACAGCAUCAACAAACGUACAAAGAAUCUUUCGGGAAGUUUGGUAUGAAUGCUAACGGAAACGGUAACAUGAAUGUCGCAAAGCCGUUGGUGUCCACAAACAAUGGGGGAUCAUUGUCAUCGAAACUGGUAGUGAAACCGACACAGAAUAGUAGCACACUUAAGGAAAAGACAAAACGCUCUCAACAACUAACUGUGGGGCCUAAGACCGCGACCUCCGCGGCUAAUGCAUCAGAAGGCACCUGUGCAUUGAGCAACUCAUCCGCUAAGGAUAUUCCACCACAAGAUGUUCUCGUUAUUGGCACCCAUGAAUAUGUGGUCGUUCCAAAAGGCAAAGCAACAGGCGUGAAAAGCAAAAAGUCUUCCUCCAAACCUACAAAUCCUCUACCUCAGGCUGCAAUCAAAAUUUCCGAUGAUGCGCGUAAAAUGAACAAUAAUGCAACUAGCGGCUCAAGCAGUACAAAGCAUACCAACUGUGCAACCGAUCGUGUAUCAGAUGACGAUACAUAUUUGACGGUGGGUACAGCAGCAGGAACUCAACCACACAGCAGUUCUACUGUUGCACAAAACGGUAGCGGUCGUGAUCCGUCCAAUUUUCUGUCUGACGUAUCAACAGGAUACACUUGCUUGAUGUUGAGCUUCAAUUAUCUUAAAGUACAAGAAUUACUACGAGCAUGCAGUGUGUGUCGUAUGUGGAAUCAUUUGGGAAAUCAUCCACGAUUUUGGAAAACUGUACGCAUGAAAAAUUCGUACAUCAGUGAUUGGGCAGGCAUGAUAGUCAAGCUGCGGAAAAAUGGUACAAAACAUCUCGACCUGCGCAAGGUAUUAAACGUUGGCAGUAACGAUGAGAUGUGGCAAAGUUUCAAUGAACAUAUUGGGCAUGCAGAUCAAAUCGAAAUUAUCGAUUUGUGUCGAUGUGCAUCGACGGUCGUGGGCAACCUGCUCCGUUCGAAUCCAAACCUACGAGUGGUGAACGCACUGGCAAUCAAAAAUGAUCCCAUUGAAUUCGUUAACUUUGAAUACGGUGUUAACUUGGAAGAGUUGCGUUUAAAAUCUUCCGCAGCCAUUUCAUUGGAAGGCGAUCUACAUCAAUUAGCAGCACUGCGAAAUUUAAAACACCUCUCGUUAACCUCCAUCAGCAAACUCGGCGCUACGUCUAUCGAUGCAUUGGGUUCACUCGUCCUGUUAGAAUCGCUAGAACUUGGUGAGUGCACCGAAAUGGGAUCUAACCUUGCAAACGUUUUGUCCAGUCUAACGGCAUUGAAACGGCUGCGAUUAGAGAAAGGUCAAGAGAAUUUCGAUAUGUUUACUAUUUUGAAUGGCAUAUCCAGAGUGAAAACCUUAACUCAGUUAGAGUUGAUCAACUGUGAUGUAAAAAUGGGAUUCGAUCGACAUAUGGCAAAUUGCACGAAUGUGAAAAAAUUUUUACUCAUCCCCACGUAUGUGUCGCAGUCAGCUGCAACAAAUCGCAUGGUUUUGAAAGGAAUCAUUAAGCUACACCAAACUUUGGAAACGGUAGUUUGGGCCAUAACCGUGGAACUAUUUCGUGUCACAGAGCUGUACAUCGAUGCGAAUGUAGAAGACGCAGAAAACCAAAUGGGAGGUAGCAUUCCCAUCUUGAAACCAGUACCAGGUAGCGAUGAUCCACCGUCUGCUUUUGGGUCUCAAUUGGAUCUUCCUGAAGAAGUAGAAAUUGUUCCGAUAAAGAGAGUUUAUACUAUUCUAAAGCGUAAAGCUCCCAAUACGAAGGUUCAAAUUUUGAAAAUACCUUUUAGCAACACUUGGAAGCAGACCCUGUGCGACACUUCGUGA